CGGUGACAGCACGCAGGCGCGCUUGCCCCGUAAGGCCCGGAAGUGGUGGCGCCAACGGCCCGCCCGACUUCGGCCGCUCUAGCGCCUGCGGUGCCCUCCAGGACCCGACAUUUGUCAGCGAAACAGCAUUUCCUCGGCGCCAGUCACGUUGUCGCGCAAAAGGUAGAGUUGGAGGAGGUUAACGAACCACUCCAACGCGCCACUGCCCAGGAAAUUGCCUUCCUCUUCUCCAAGAUGUACAGAACCAAAGUGGGCUUGAAGGACCGCCAGCAGCUGUACAAGCUGAUCAUUAGCCAGCUGCUCUACGAUGGCUACAUUAGCAUCGCUAACGGCCUCAUCAAUGAAAUCAAGCCACAGUCUGUGUGUGCGCCCUCGGAGCAGCUCCUGCAUCUCAUCAAACUAGGAAUGGAAAACGAUGAUACGGCAGUUCAGUAUGCAAUUGGACGUUCAGAUACAGUUGCCCCAGGCACGGGAAUUGACCUGGAAUUUGAUGCAGACGUCCAGACCAUGUCCCCGGAGGCUUCAGAGUAUGAAACAUGCUACGUCACAUCCCACAAAGGACCCUGCCGUGUAGCUACCUACAGCAGAGAUGGGCAGUUAAUAGCUACUGGAUCUGCUGAUGCUUCCAUAAAGAUACUUGACACAGAAAGGAUGUUGGCCAAGAGCGCCAUGCCAAUAGAGGUCAUGAUGAAUGAGACGGCACAGCAGAACAUGGAAAACCACCCAGUGAUCCGAACGCUUUAUGACCACGUGGAUGAAGUCACGUGUCUCGCUUUCCACCCGACAGAACAGAUCCUGGCCUCUGGUUCAAGGGAUUAUACUCUUAAGUUAUUUGAUUAUUCCAAACCAUCUGCAAAAAGAGCCUUCAAAUACAUUCAGGAAGCUGAAAUGUUACGCUCCAUCUCUUUUCAUCCUUCCGGAGACUUUAUACUUGUUGGGACUCAGCAUCCUACCCUUCGGCUUUAUGAUAUCAACACGUUUCAAUGUUUUGUCUCUUGCAAUCCUCAAGAUCAACACACCGAUGCUAUAUGCUCUGUUAAUUACAAUCCCAGUGCCAAUAUGUACGUAACCGGUAGCAAGGACGGCUGCAUCAAGCUGUGGGAUGGCGUUUCAAAUCGAUGCAUCACAACUUUUGAGAAAGCGCAUGACGGUGCUGAGGUUUGUUCGGCCAUUUUCUCCAAAAAUUCCAAAUACAUUCUCUCCAGUGGAAAAGACUCUGUAGCUAAACUUUGGGAGAUAUCAACAGGACGAACGCUGGUCAGAUACACAGGUGCUGGCCUGAGCGGGCGCCAGGUGCACCGGACGCAGGCUGUGUUCAACCACACCGAGGACUACGUGCUGCUGCCGGACGAGAGGACCAUCAGCCUGUGCUGCUGGGACUCCCGCACCGCCGAGCGCCGGAACCUGCUGUCCCUGGGCCACAACAACAUCGUGCGCUGCAUCGUGCACUCGCCCACCAACCCCGGCUUCAUGACGUGCAGCGACGACUUCCGAGCCCGGUUCUGGUACCGGCGAUCGACCACGGACUAGCCCGCCUCCCGUCCCUGGGCUCCCUUCCUCGGGCCUCGCCCCUGCCCCCCGCCGGGUCCCGUCACCAGCUUCGGUAGUGAGUCACUGCGCCAUCUGGCGGCCGUGCUGCCACCUGUCCGUCCUCGGAUUUGUACAAAAGGAUCUUUUUUUACCUUGAUGUAGAAUCAUGGUGGGAAAAGUUGGAAGCGCAGAUCUGUGCGGUUGCUCGCGUUCACUGAUUAUUCCAGUGUGAUUCUCGUCGGUUUUGUAAAUACAGGACUCGCCACUUCUCUGGACUCGUGAUCAUUUGAGGAAGGCUAGAGCGUUAAAGUGCUUUCUAGAUCUCAAGCGGACCUGUCGUGAGGGAUUUUCACCCGGCGGUCCUGCCCGCCCCUGUGCCUCCUCUGCACCCUCCUUGCGUAUCUCCCUUCCGAACAGUUGAGGCAGGUGAGCAGGCCUGCGGCUCGGAUCCAGAUCGCCGUGCCACCUUGAAACCAGUUUAGAGAAUCCGCCAGCCCCAGCCUAAAAUGAUACCAUUCUGACAAUAAAGCUCAGAUCUGCAACCUUA